GCCCCGCACCCAGCGCCGGGCAGCGACCACCGCGGGGGGAGCCGUGCGGUGCCCCCGCCUCCUCCCUGCCUCCCUCCCUGCCGCGGGGGGAGCGCGUGUGUGUGUGACAGGCGGGCAGGGAGGGCGAGCGCGUCACGCCGCCCGCGCUCCGCCCCCCGCUCCUGCUCCUGCUGCCGGCGCCGCCGCCGCCAGCUCGGCCCGGCGCGGGCGGGAGGGCGGGCGGCGCAGCCAUGGAGCCCGAGUGCCGGGUGCUCUCCAUCCAGAGCCACGUCGUGCGCGGCUACGUGGGCAACAAGGCGGCCACCUUCCCCCUGCAGGUUUUGGGAUUUGAAGUUGAUACGGUGAACUCUGUCCAGUUUUCAAACCACACAGGUUAUGCCCAUUGGAAGGGUCAGGUGUUGAAUUCAGAUGAACUUCAUGAACUGUAUGAAGGACUGAAGCUGAACAAGGUCAACCGCUACGAUUAUGUACUCACAGGGUAUACAAGAGACACAUCAUUUCUUGCAAUGGUGGUGGAUAUUGUCCAGGAGUUGAAGCAACAGAAUUCCAACCUUGUAUAUGUGUGUGAUCCAGUGAUGGGUGACAAAUGGAAUGGAGAAGGCUCUAUGUAUGUGCCCAAGGAUCUCCUCCCAGUCUACAGGGACAAAGUUGUACCUGUUGCAGAUAUAAUUACUCCUAACCAGUUUGAAGCUGAGUUACUCACGGGCAGGAAGAUUUACACCGAAAAAGAUGCUUUAGAGGUAAUGGAUAUGCUCCAUGCCAUGGGACCAGAGACUGUGGUGAUCACAAGCUCAGAUCUACAGGCACCUCUGGGAAAUGACUACUUAAUUGCUCUGGGAAGCCACAGAAAAACUAAAGCAGAUGGUACCAGGAUAACACAAAGAAUUCGAAUGGAGUCUCCUAAAGUGGAUGCUGUCUUUGUUGGAACAGGAGACCUGUUUGCUGCUAUGCUUCUGGCAUGGACACACAAGCAUCCAAACAAUUUGAAGGUGGCAUGUGAAAAGACUGUGUCAGCCAUGCAGCAUGUUCUGCAAAGGACCAUUAAGAGUGCAAAAGCACAAGCUGGAGAAGGAAACAAACCAAACUCAGCCCAGCUGGAACUGAGAAUGGUCCAAAGCAAAAAGGACAUAGAAAACCCAGAGAUCAUAGUGAAAGCCACCGUGUUAUAAAGGCUGUACGUCUCCAAUAACGCACAAUG